CAAACAGAGAACAGAGCAGCACUCCGAGCUCCUCUCUCACCCUACGCUCAUCUCACCACACCUGAGAUCCACAUCCAGCCGUCCCUCUUCUGCUAUCAGACAACCAGAGGAACCAUGGUGCUCUACCACAGGGAGUUUGACAAGGCAGGCAAGGCAGCCGGUCUCCAGAUAUGGAGGAUAGAGAAGAUGGAGCUGGUCCCUGUGCCUGAGAACCUGCACGGCAACUUCUAUGUUGGGGACGCGUAUGUGGUCCUCCACACUGUCAAACAGCGGGAUAGCUGCUUCUACGAUCUGCACUACUGGCUGGGUAAGGAGUGCAGCCAGGACGAGAGCACGGCGGCGGCCAUCUUUACUGUUCAGCUGGAUGAUUUCCUAGGAGGGAAGCCUGUCCAGUACCGAGAACUGCAGGGGUUCGAGUCCACUGCCUUCACACGAUACUUCAAGGGAGGCAUCACAUACAAAGCCGGAGGCGUGGCCUCUGGGUUCCAUCACGUGGUCACCAACGACCUGUCAGCUCUGAGACUAUUCCACAUCAAAGGUCGCCGUGUCGUCAGGGCAACCGAGGUCACCCUCAACUGGUCCAGCUUCAACAGAGGGGACUGCUUCAUCGUGGACCUGGGAGCAGUUAUAUACCAGUGGUGCGGUUCAGAGUGCAACAAGUUUGAGCUCCUGAAGGCAGCACAGGUGGCUGCCGGUAUCCGUGACAAUGAGAGGAAUGGCCGAGCAAAACUGGUUGUCGUGGAGGAAGGGAGAGAGCCGUCUACGUUAACUGAGGUACUCGGCAACAAGCCAAAUCUACCAGAAGGUGAUGACAAUGACGAUAUGGUGGCAGAUAUCUCCAACAGGAAGAUGGCCAAACUCUACAUGGUAUCUGAUGCAUCCGGAGCGAUGCAGGUGACCCUGGUCUCAGAGGAGAACCCGUUCUCUCAGAGCCAUCUGCUGUCGGACGAGUGCUUCAUCCUGGACCACGGGAAGAGCAGGAUGAUCUUCAUCUGGAAAGGCCGUAACGCCAACCCCAGCGAGAGGAAGACUGCCAUGAAGACUGCUGAGGGCUUCAUCAAGCAGAUGGGCUACCCACCUAACACACAGAUCCAGGUACUUCCAGAGGGUGGGGAGACUCCUAUCUUCAAACAGUUCUUCCAGGGGUGGAGGGAUAAGAACCAGAGUGAGGGGUUCGGGAAAGUAUUUGUGACCGAGAGGAUUGCUAAGAUACAUCAGGUGGAGUUCGAUGCCUCCAAGCUCCAUGAGUCCCAAAGCAUGGCAGCCCAGCAUAACAUGGUGGACGACGGCACAGGGGACACUCAGAUCUGCAGAGUGGAGAGCAGUGGUCGAGUCCCAGUUGACCCAAAGACGUAUGGUCAGUUCUAUGGAGGAGACUGUUACAUCAUCCUCUAUACAUAUAAGAGAGGACAGAUCAUCUACACCUGGCAGGGGGCUAGCACCACUCUAGAUGAGCUCACAGCUUCAGCCUUCCUAACUGUGGAGCUGGAUCGCUCUCUGGGAGGGAACGCAGUUCAGGUGAGAGUGUCCCAAGGUAAAGAGCCUGCCCAUCUCCUGAGUCUGUUCAAAGACAAGCCCCUCAUCGUGUACAAGAGUGGUACCUCACGCAUCGGAGGCCAGGCACCUGCGGCCCCCACACGCCUGUUCCAGGUCCGACGUAACCUGGGCACCAUCACACGCAUCGCAGAGGUGGAGGCGGAGGCUGGCAGCCUGAACUCUAACGAUGCCUACCUGCUGAAGAUGCCCGCGGGGCAGAGCUACCUGUGGGUGGGUAAGGGCGCCAUCGAGGACGAGGAGCGGGGAGCCCGGUACCUGAGUCAGGUGCUGAAGUGUCAGACACAACGCAUCGUAGAGGGACAGGAACCAGCGGACCUCUGGGCAGCGUUAGGGGGGAAGAAGGAGUACCAGACAUCAGAGAGACUGGAGAGUAGCCGCACUCAACAACCUCGCCUGUUCGCCUGCUCCAACAAGACUGGCAGGUUCAUAAUUGAUGAGGUUCCAGGAGAGUUCAGUCAGGAGGACCUGGCGGAGGAUGACGUGAUGCUGUUGGACGUCUGGGAUCAGGUGUUUAUCUGGAUUGGCAAAGAUGCCAAUGAAGUUGAGAAAACUGAAUCUGUAAAAUCUGCCAAGACAUACAUAGAGACGGAUCCGGGGGUUCGGGAUAAGAGGACCACCAUAGUGGUGGUGAAGCAGGGUCAUGAACCCCCCACCUUCACAGGGUGGUUCCUGGGCUGGGACACGGCACGCUGGGACUCACACAACGUGGCCAGGACCAUGAAGACACUGCAGAUUUAGUAUAAAUGAAUCCCAACAGUUAUAACACUGUAAUAACACAGUUUAGACAUUUAUAACAUCUACUCUGUAUUCAGCCAAGGGUUUCCAGAUACGACUGUGAAAUGAGGGUUAACUAGCCAUUCAGACUAGUGUUGGGCUAAGGAAGCGCAAAGUACUUUACUUUUAUUUGUAUUUGUUUGCUGUACUUUUAGGCCUGCUAUGUGUCAUUUUAUUUGUAUUUGUUUGCUGUACUUUUAGGCCUGCUUUGUGUCAUUUUAUUUGUAUUUGUUUGCUUUACUUUUAGGCCUGCUUUGUGUCAUUUUAUUUGUAUUUGUUUGCUGUACUUUUAGGCCUGCUUUGUGUCAUUUUAUUUGUAUUUGUUUGCUGUACUUUUAGGCCUGCUUUGUGUCAUUUUAUUUGUAUUUGUUUGCUGUACUUUUAGGCCUGCUAUGUGUCAUUUUAUUUGUAUUUGUUUGCUGUACUUUUAGGCCUGCUAUGUGUCAUUUUAUUUGUAUUUGUUUGCUGUACUUUUAGGCCUGCUCUGUGUCAUUUUAUUUGUAUUUGUUUGCUGUACUUUUAGGCCUGCUAUGUGUCAUUUUAUUUGUAUUUGUUUGCUUUACUUUUAGGCCUGCUUUGUGUCAUUUUAUUUGUAUUUGAGUCAUUUAGCAGAUGCUCUUAUCCAAAGCAACAUACUGUAGCGAGUGAAUACGUUCUUUUCUUUUUUCUUGCUGGUCCCCCGUGGGAAUCAAACCCACAACCCUGGCGUUGCAAGCACCAUGCUCUACCAGCUGAGCACACGGGACAUCGUCUGAUGUGCACUGCUUGGACAUCUUUGUUUAUUUUUUUUAUUUUUAUUUUCUCGUUACAAAGAUGAAACCCGAAAAUAUAUGAUAUAUUAUGUUGAUUUGAAUGCAGGUCUUUACAUUUGGACUUCUGUAACUGUCUGGAAAUAAAUGUUGCUAUUUGCUUUUUUUAUGAUA